AUGUGCCCCUGCUGCCCGCCGCCACUGCUGCUGCUGCUCUCCCUCUCCAUUCCAGUGUUUGGAAGAGUUCCCGAGCCACAGAAUGUCCGGAUGGAUUCGGUGAAUUUCAAAAACAUCCUGCGGUGGGACCCUCCCGUCGCCAGCGGAAGCGCGGCCUACACUUACACAGCGGAAUACAGGCUGGCUCUGGAAAGACGAACGAAUUACACAAGAAUAUGCCACACAAACGCCACUCAUUGCGAUUUCUCAAAUAUUAAUUACAAUUCCAUUGUGCGGGUGAGAGCCGAGCGUAACGGCGGCGUUUCUAAAUGGGUGACCAGGUUCUUUAAUCCGUACUCACAGACUGUUAUCACUGCCCCGGAAGUGAAAGUGGCGUCACGGGCUGGGUACCUGGAUGUGAGCUUUUUUGGCCCCAUGGAAGAAGCUGACGGCAGAUCACUAACAGACAAAUAUGGGAAUCUCAAGUAUAAACUGUUUUACUGGAGGCAGAGCGAGCCGUCAGUUGUCACCAGCAUGGAGUCUUCACAGAACCUUGAAACUCUGGCCGACCUAGAGAAAUGGACCAGCUACUGUAUAAGAGUCCAGGCCUACGCCCCCGAUUAUAACAAUACUGGAGAAUUAAGUGAAGCCAUAUGCGAGAAAACCACAAAUGAUGGAACCAUCCCAGGGUGGCAGAUCGCUCUUUCCUUCAUCGUCCCCCUGUGUCUCUCUGCCGUGAUCGUUGUUGGAAUGUUUUAUUUAGGAAUAAGUAUAUAUAAAGCAGCCAAAUAUCUGUUCUUCCCUAAAUACUCCUUCCCCGAGCAUCUGAAAGAGUACCUAAGCCAGCCUUUCUACAGCUCCCCCCACCUGUCCACUCAGGGCCCCGAUGAUGUUGCUGAGCCCUAUGGAACCCUAACGUUGGUGUCGGAGGAGAACCCGGAGGUGUAA